AUGGCCGUGCUGGGAAGAAGACGACGACGGGGCAGGCCGAUAGGGGAGCGAAACGCGGGAUUCCAUGACGAAUCAGUUCCAGAUCUUCAGGAAGCUGUCCCAUGA